AUGGCGCCUGCCGAGCAGCCCCUAAAGUAUACCCAAAUAUCACGCGAAACAUUCAAUGCCAUUCUCUCCCACUAUUCCUCCAUCGUACCCGAAAAGUUACGCGAGCUAGACGUCCUGCGCUAUGAAACAAUCCCAGCUGCCGUCAUCUCUCGCGCGAAGGAAGGCGGCGCGGAACUGACUAAAGAUGAGGUCGUGAAGCUUGUGGAGUGGAAACUCAAACACGGCACCUUCCGGCCCACCCUCCUCUCCCUCGUCCAAGCGAACCCCGCACCCUCCAUAGCCAACACCACACGCACAGCCUUCUCUUCCUCACCCUCUUCCCCCAACACAACAGCCCAGCUCAAACCUCUCACCUCCCUCCGCGGUAUCGGCCCCGCAACCGCCUCCCUCCUCCUCAGUGUCGCCUACCCCUCUACGCACCCUUUCUUCAGCGACGAGCUGUACCGCUGGCUGGCCUGGGACGCACCCUCAUCGGGCGGCUCAGGUGGGAGGGGGUGGAAGAGAGGGAUCAAGUACAAUGUGAAGGAGUACGCGGAGGUUGUGGAGCGGUUUGGGGAGCUGAGGGGGCGUCUGGGGGUUAGGGGUGUGGAUGCAGAGAGGGUGGCGUGGGUGCUGGGACGAAGAGGCGUUGAUCUGAAUGAGGAUGGUGAGGUAUGGGUGAAAGAAUUAGGGGAUGAGGGGGCGGUAGAGAAUAGGGAUGCAGCAGAGAGCAAUGAAAAUCGGAAGAAGGCGAAGACGGGUGUGAAGCGCAAGGCUGGAGGGACGGAAGCGCCCGUGGAGGGCGUGCGGAGAAGUAGUCGCAGGAAAGCUGCGCCCUAA